UCUAGAUACAAUGGAGGACAGAAACGAAGAACAUCAGUACACUCACAAUGGACAUCAUUAUGUAACGAGUAAAAUAUUAAAUGGGAAAGUGUAUCUCAUCUGCAGGUUCCAUAGAACAAAAAGAUGCAAUGGCCGUGCCAAUUUCUUCAAUGGCCUAUAUAAAGUGACGACGAAACACACGCAUAAGCCGGAUGCCCGUUUCGAACAAGAGAAAAUUUUUAAAGAAGAAUUGCGCAGGGCUCGCAUAACACAAACUGCAAAUAGCAGAGUUAUCUACAAUCAGAUAAGACCGUUUCACGAAAAUGCGAGCAUUGGGGUCCCAUUCGAAUCAGUGCGGAGCUUAAUGAAUGUCUGGGAAAGAAGAAAUGUCCCACAGACACCACACUCCUUAGAGGAGUAUGCAACAAUUUUAAAUAGUGACAGGUACGAAAAUGGUACUUUGAGGUUCAUCCCUAUAUUCGGCGGUGGAGCAGUUGUAAUUGUUGACCCUGAAUACAUGUCGUUAGUCACAGGCAGUGGAGAUUUUUACAUUCAUAUUUCGGACAAAUCAAGUCCGCAGGAUGUUAAUUGUCAUCACCUGAUGACAAUCAUGUGUUUCAAAAAUACUUAUGUACUCCCUUGCGCUUGGGCACUUUUAAAUUCUACAGACGAAGAUAAUUUAACAGGUGUUCUGGUACAUUUAAAAGAAGUAGUGCCUGAUUUUGAAGUUCGAAAAUUAGUCUCAAGUUACAACAGUGCUUUGCAAUCAAGUGCAAGACGAAUUUUUCCAGCAGCAGUUAUCGUCGGUAGUCUGCACGGGCAGUCAUCGAUUCGCUCCCGUGAGGGGAAGUGGCAUUCUCCCACCAUGCGGCCAGGGGCCUGAGCUCGGGGUUCGGAGCGAACGUAGCACAGCGGGGCGCCUGGUCCCUUAAUCCCUCAUUAAGUCAUCCUUCCUUAAUGACAGUGUUUAAAAAAUAUAAAUUUCUCAAAC